AGGGACAGGACUGCUAGCGACAGGUUAGUUAGUAUGAAAGACAUGUGGAAAAUCAACCUUCGUUAUCGGUGAAAGUCAUUUUCACUCAUCUAUUUCUACACUUGGUGCUUGUUUGAUUUCUACUUCAUCUACACAAGUCCAAGUGGAUAAUCGUAAUUUUGAUAGUAGAUUUUUUAGAAGUACGUAGAGAUAGAGUAUCAUCAAAAAGAUGGGGAAGAAGGAGUCUUCUACUCAGAUCGACGCGUGGCGGCGCAAGAACAAGGCUAAAGAGCGACAGAAGAUCCGCGAUACGAGGAAAGAGAAUUUUCAGAACAAGUUAAAGGAUGACGGGUUUGACGCGGCAGAGCAGGAAAUUGAGCGCCUCAGGAUACUCAAGGAUGCGGAAAAAUUGUCGCAUGAGGGUAAGCACAAGCUUGAGAUGCACGAAAAGUUUGUCGCUCUUCAUGCGCCAGAACUGCUCAAACGACAAAAAGAGAAGGAAGAGGAGGCGGAAGACGCCAAACUUAAGGAGGUGCUCGACCGCAGAAAAAGAAUAGCCAGAUUCAGCCUCUACUACGAUGAAGACGUACGACUCCUAUAUCUACUAAAUGAAGAAGGUCUUCCGGUGAAGAUUAUACUUGAUGAAUACGUACCUUAGGUCUGAACUUCUAAGUGAGCCGCCUUUGCUUCGACAUCUAUCGUGUAGUCCUACAACGCGGAUCAUCUUUACAUCAAUCAUAUGUAUCAGUAGCUUCAAUAGCUUCUAUCACUUUCAAUACACUCUCUCACAGGAAAACCCGUACGGCAUAGCGCCACCUGGCGACCAGGAGCAGUUUCGAUGGCCAGACGGGAGCGUGAAGAGCGAGCCACCUUUUCAAGAUGACGACCGAGAGACGAAACGACGGAAGUUGGACAAGGAGACAUUCAAGCUGCCUGGAUUUAGCUCCGGGAUGAUGGCGAAGAUCCGAAGAGACGCGCUAAAAGCGGCAGAAGAAGAGGAGCGCGAAGCCAAUGGUGGCGCAAGAAUAGCAGCUCCAGAUAGCGACGACGAUGAUCACGUAGAUGAUCUUCACAAAGACGGCACAAGAAAGGCGAACACCCGAGUAUCUACAGGUGGAGAUCAAGCGCAACAAGAGGCUCCAGUUUUCUACGUUCCGCCAUUGCCAGAAGAGCCGUACCCAUACUACGAGGCCCCAACGAUGUCGCAGGAGCCGAUUGUGACUAGUAUCGAGCUAAUCCGGGACACGAUGAUCGCCAUAGCCAACGUGCGCAACGCUUUGUUAGAAAGCGUAGCGAAUCGAGUCGUGGACCCAGUCCAGGCGCAUAUGGAGCGAACACUCGUCGGUGGGGGCCCUCGCGGCUUCGCUCCUCCGCCACCGUGGAAGGGAAAAGACGGUGACCACCACGGUAAGAAAGGCCUGAAGGGCGGGAAAGACGGGAAGAAAGGACGCUAUGGGAAGAAAGGUGAAGAUGUGCCACUUCCUGCAGCACUUUCGAAAGCAUCAGCUGUCAAGGCACAGGCGCAGGAACGCGGCGACGACGAGGAUGAUAUCGUGAUCACAAUUAAGAGCACCAAUAGCGGAACGUCGUCAGUACUGCCUCCGCAUCAGCCACCGCCUUCGACAUCGUCCCCUACAACAGGGCGCCCACAAAGACAAGGACCACGAGGUUCUCCUUCGGGUGCGAAGAUGUUAGUUGACCCCAAAGCAAACGCCAUGUUAUUGAACCGCUUCGCAAAACGAGGGAAACAAAAUCUAGCCUACCUAAAAGCCCAAACGCAAGUGAGUGCUCAAGCCACAGUGACGCGCUCAGCAGCAGAUAGAGACAUGGAUGACCUGCUACACCAAAUCGAUGAGUAAUGGUAAUGCCUUUUUCCCUUUCACGGUAUGGAUGACUUUCGAUGACGUUCAUCAAAUCCCAUCACUACGACGAAAAGACGAGAAUGAAUCACAUCCUCCUCCUCCAUGAUAGUACAAGAACUUGGGUACUAUUUUUACUGCGUUGUAACCCAACGAGAACUCUAACUACCACGGAAACCCUGGAGUGUGACUCUUCAGACAACCAAAUUUCCGAUUUCAAAUCUCGAAGCCACGAGUGUAUUUGAAGUCUGUU